AUGUUACUCCCAUCUGCGCUUCCUAGCGACAUGCCACAACAGUCGACCCAGUCGCAUCUCGCGCCCAACCUACUAUUCAACACUCCACCCCCCACCGAAGAUGAUCUGUUCCCAUCAGGCAAUGGCCUACUGGGAACCAGUCGCGCCCUCCAAUCCCUUCUCAAUAUCUCUCCUGCUUCGAUCCCCCGUCGCAAGACUCCUCCACGUCUCUUAAGUCCCCUCCAGCUACGAUCCCCUCCUCCCUCCCGGUCGCAGAAGCGAGUGGCCCAGAAAGACUUGAACAACCUCACGCGCUCCUCCCCAUCACCCUGCUCUCCCUCCAGACUUACGCGUCGUGCGAACAAGCGCCACCGAUCUGCCUAUGAAAUUGACCUCGACUCGGAAGUUGAGGAUCGCGAACCCUCCAAAAAUGCCAAAUCGCGCGACCGUUUCUCCACGCCCAAACGUCGCAGACAAAUCCCCAAUGACCUACCACUAGGUCUUACACAGGAAGACUUCUAUUCACUUUAUUCACCCCCGAUCACACAGUCGCCUCUGUCGCCGGCGCAUCGACCGCAAGAAGAUCUGAGCGCAAGUGAAAUAAACCCUCUGGAAACCUCACUAUACAAUCCCGACGCGCCACUGCCGUCCAUCGAGACAAACGAUGAAAGCAUAAAGUCCGCGUCACACGAAAUACUUCCGAUCGAUGCGUCACCUUCCUGGGUCGCAGAGGACGAUCGACGGCUAGUGAACUUGGUCCUCGAAAGAUAUCAAUUCUCCGAACAAAUCUUGGACGACUGCGCCAGAGAACUGGGCAGAAACCACGAAUCCAUCAGACGCAGAUGGCAAACUCUCCUAGGCCAAGGGGAGAUAGGCUUGCGACGAGGAGCUAAACCAGACCCGCUGGGGACCUAA